AUGGCUGUGGCUCCCAAAACGGUGCUGAUCACGGGCUGCUCCUCCGGCAUCGGCCUCGCGCUGGCCGUGAAGCUGGCGCAGGACAAGAAGCAGCGCUUCAAGGUCAUCGCCACCAUGCGGGACGUGGGCAAGCGCGGGGCGCUGGAGGCGGCGGCGGGGCCGGCGCUGGGCCGCACGCUGGACGUGAAGCAGCUGGACGUGGGCGACGAGCGCUCCAUCCGCGCCUGCGUCGACAGCCUCCCCGGGCGCCGCGUGGACGUGCUGGUGAGCAACGCCGGCGUGGGCAUGAUCGGCCCCCUCGAGUGCCAGAGCCUGCCCGACAUGCAGCGCCUCAUGGACACCAACUUCUUCGGCCUCGUGCGCCUCGUCAAGGAGGUGCUGCCCGACAUGAAGCGGCGCCGCAGCGGCCACAUCGUGGUCAUCAGCAGCAUCAUGGGGCUGCAGGGCAUCGUCUUCAACGACAUCUACGCGGCCUCCAAGUUCGCGGUGGAGGGUUUCUGCGAGAGCCUCGUGGUGCAGACUCUGCACUUCAACAUCGCGAUCAGCCUGGUGGAGCCGGGGCCGGUGACAACGGAGUUCGAGACCAAGGUGUACGAGGAGGCCGAGCGCGCCGACUACUCGCGCACGGACCCCGAGACGGCCGACAUCUUCAUGCGCCUCUAUCUGCGCAACUCGCGCGACGUCUUCGCCAGCCUGGGCCAGAGCGCCGAGGACGUGGCCGAGCACACGCUGCGGGUGCUGGAGGCGCCCGAGCCGCCCUUCCGGCACCGCACGAACGCGGCGUGCGCGCCGCUGGCCGCGCUGCGGCACGCCGACCCCAGCGGCGCCCUGGCCACCGCUGCCCUGGCCGCGCUGCUCUUCCGGCGGCAGGGGCUGCUGCGGCUGGGCCUGCGCGCGCUGCGCCUGCUGCGCUGGAAGGCGCAGAAGCUGCGCCAGGGCGCCCGCCUGCUCGGCCUGCGCUAG